AUGGGGCGCGGCAAAAAUUGGCGAUUAAAUACGGUGCGCACACGAGGACAAAGUGAAGUUUGGUCAUCCCGAAGUGGAGGUGGAGGUGCUGGAGGAGGAGGAGGGGGAGGAGGAGGAGGAGGAGGAGGAGGGGGGGGAGGAAGAGGAGGAGGAAGUGGGGGUGGGAAGGGUUGCAGAGGUGGUGGUGUAGGGAGAGGGAUGACCAAACCAAGCCACCGAGAGCAGGUAACAAGCACUGGUGGCUGGAUGGUUCAGGCUGUUGGUGGCAGCGGCGGCAUUGGCCGUGUUGGGGUCGAUGGAAGUAUUUUGUCUUCGCUUGCUUCACCCGAGACCCUUGAUUUGGUGGCUCAGAUGAUCUCACAGGAACUUCUUGAUGAUGCUAUUCUAAAUGUAGUGUUUGAGGUGCAUCAGAGUGUCAAGACCGGGCUGAUGAUGCUCGAGCUGGGCUCGCUCGAAGAGGAACACAAAUUUUUACAGGUGAACGCAGAGGGACUGGAUGUGUUUGGACAGGCACCUAUCAAGAAGCAACAUGAAUGUAUAUGUCCCAGCUGCUCACGAAACUUGGCAGCAUCAAGGUUUGCUCCGCACCUUGAAAAGUGUAUGGGGAUGGGCAGGAACUCAUCACGCAUAGCUAGUAGACGUAUCCAAAAUUCAACCAAAGAGAACAGCCACAAUCAUACUGGAGGAAGUGAUGAUGAUGAUGACGAUGACGAUUGGGUUAUUGACCGCAAACGGAAGAAGCGAGACAAGAAUUCACCUCGUAGAUCCAAAAAUGCCAAAGUAAGUUCUUUGCUGAUCUGUUGA